GUACAAUCCUGCACACUUUCCUUCUUUUAAAAUCAGCUACACACUUUGCAUAUAUUUUACACACGGAAUAGGAGUUCGCUUUACGACAGUAGUUCGUAAACACCGAUGCACUGGCACGCAUUCGACGUCAAGAAGGCAUUCAGGAAUGAUGGAAGAGGGAUAAACCGAUGCUAAAGAAAAAACAUCAAUAAUCUCUCACGAAGGAAUUUGAUUACGCCAUUAAAAUGUUAAUAAAAUCACUCCUUCUGCUCAGUCUGGCUUAUGGAGCCGCGGGCCCAUCAUCACUACAACGGCACUCAUCAUCUCCAAAGAUUCCGUUGCAACCACGUUCACCUUCUAGGUCGUUACCACCUUCAAAACCCUCACCAUUCCUAAAAUCUUCAUCGCCGAUAUCCUUCUUGCAGUCAUCGGUUUCCGGGGAUCUAGCACAUCGGCAACAAUUAUCACAGCAGCACAGUGAUCCCAUGAAAGAUGGGAACAUACCUACUCUUGAUGUCCAAAUGAUUGCCCCCAAAAGGUGGCUCGCUUCCGAUCGUGAAUUCAAGAAUUUACAGAGGGAACUCUCCUACUUCAUUGAUCAAGAAAUUGACAAGGAGAGGAAGAGACUAUUAGAUAAGGAGGACUCACGGCUGGAGAGUACAAGGAGUUCGCUACUGCACUUGAUACCUGGUUCUGGUAAAAAGUCAAACAAAUUGGCAUCGGUUAGUUAGAUUUUCUUUGCUCGACGGCAGGUUCAUCCGGGUGGAUGAUCUUGGCCGACGAUUCCCGUGAAGAUCACUCUAUAUCCAUCGCAUAUUAAACAUUUACUAUCGUAAAUAUUCUCUUAAUAAAUAGCCAGUU